AUGGCGCUGAGCGCAGCUCCCUGGUCGAAAGCGCAGCAGCUGAUGGACGCCAUGAGUUGCUCCAGGCUGGAACAGCAGCAUAGCAGCCUGCACUCCUGGAUCCAAAGCUGCGCAGGACAGCUGCUGUGGCGGGAAGCUCUUGGCUCCCUUGGACCGUGCUUGGCAACACGAAGCCGUGGUCGCGCAGGUGCCACCUUUGCUUCGGCCUUCACAGCCCUGGGAUCUGAAGCUCCGAGCUCUUGGCCACAGGCGCUUCACCUUUUAGCAGCUCUUGAAUCCGGUUUCCUGGAACCGACUGCCGUCCUUGUCACGUCGGCUUUGUGCGCACCGAGCAGCACAGAAGGCUGGCAGCACUCCUUGCGCCUGACAUAUUUGCUGCGAAGGCAGAAGCUGCGACCAGAUAUGGCAAGCCAUUCUACCAGGCUCAAGGCAUCAGCUCGUCAUUGGCCCGCUGCUUUGGAGUUGCUGUCGAAGGCAGCUGCAGAAGGCUUCGAGCCAGGGGUGGCCUUCGACAACAUGAUCAUCAACGCUCGGCCCAGCUGGCGACUAGCUCUGGGGUUGCUCCAAUCCCCACCGGAUCCGCUGGGAUUCGGUGCCGCACUGGCCCUGUGCGAGCGCCAGGGGCUUGUGGAACAGGGCUACCGGCUCCUCAUGUCUACGCCAAACUCGCCGACCUUCGUCCCUAUGCGUCUCUGGGCAAUGGCCCGACUUACUGUGCGAGACCCUGUUGCGAUACACGAUGCCUUGCAAGAGGCCGCCAGAGCUCAAAGCAUCUUGGCACCCGAGGCCCUCGUGAAGGUGCUUUGGUCUGCGGCCACCCUCGGGAGUAGCAACUGCCGGCUGCUAUGGCAGAUGGAGAGUCAGGUCAUGGCCAGUCUGUCACACUUUCGUAUAGAGGAGCUGCAGCUUUUCACGUGGGCUUUGUCAACCCUUGGUGGGAGAACGCAUGAAGCAAUGGUCCAUGUCCAGGAAGAAGUGUUGAGACGAGUGCUGCAGCGACAGUCUAUCGACCUGCAGCUCCCGUCAGGAAGGGAGUGGCUAGAAGAAGUUUUGGGUGUACUUUGGGCCGCCAACUUUGCCGCCUGCCUCAGCUCACACUUUCGACGAGGAGUUCGGAAGUUGGCUCUGCAAGCUGGGCAAAGUUGCGACCGAGCCCCAUCUGGAAGACGAAUUCAAGUGCAAGAUCGGCCGGAGGUGGAGCGCUCCCUGAAAGAUACGCACUGGGACAUCCAGGAGCCAUCACUUUCAGCCACUUUCUCCGACCGCCUGGUCCUUCUCAAGCCUCCGGGUUGGGAGGUACAUGACCAAGGAGCCCCGCACCAGUUGCUCGCAUGGCUUCGAGUGACGGAAGGCGCCCCACUGCCAAUCCGUGAAGAUGAAGACAUGGAUCAUGGCUUCCUUCACCGGUUGGAUGUGCCCAGCUCAGGGCUGAUAGUCGUGGCCUGCAGCUACGAGGCCUAUUUUGACCUUCAAGUUCAGCUUCGAUCGGGAGCUGUCCGUCGCAACUAUGUGGCGCUUUGCCACGGCCACGGUGCGCCACUUCGGCAACGAGAGGUGUGUGCUCGACUUCAUUGGCGCGGGAACUCCGCCACCCGUACCGCUGGCCAGGGCAAACCUUCGAGGACUUUGUUUCGACUUCUUUCGACUGCUGUCAAAGAUGCAGGGUCCUAUGCGCUACUCCGGAUCUUCAUCGGCACCGGCCGGCGUCAUCAGAUACGAAGCCACAGUGCACAUAUUGGCCAUGCCACCGUUUGUGACGGUCGCUACACCUCUCGCGAGACCUUUCGCGAAGACGGGUCCCUUUGUACUCGGAACUUCCUGCAUCGGUAUUCCGUGGCCUUCCGGGACCUGUUAGGCAGGCAGCAGAUUGUGCGCGCUCCGCUCCCUGCCGACCUGCUCGAAGCGAUCCAACUCCUGUCCUUCAGGUUCGGUACGUUCACUGAUUCAGGGCCUCUAUAG